AACACCCUUAAAUGGUGUUUAUAUUAGAGAGAUGAUGGCAAAAGUGAGAGUAGUCAUCAUUGGGUUCCUCGCAGCAUGAUUCAAAAUGUAGAGGCAAAGGUGAUUCAAACCGGUUAAAGACAUGGCCUCCUGCACAGACCAUAUGGUGGUGGAAAAGAUGAGCAGGCUGUGUCUUCUCCUCCUCGCAUUCUCUUGCGUCGUAGCUGCGGCGGCCUUCUCAUGGCAGCGCCAUCACCCACACCGACCUGACCGUUUGGCGGCCUCCUCGGAGCUGGUGGACGUCGCAUACCACAUGGGUCCUGUCCUCGCCUCCCCCGCCAACAUCUACACCAUAUGGUAUGGCCACUGGGAGGCGGCUCCGCAAGGCAUCAUCAGGGACUUCCUGCUUUCCCUCUCCUCCCCUUCUCCUUCCCCUUCCAUCGCCGAGUGGUGGCGCACCGUCCGCCUCUACGCCGACCAGACCGGCUCCAACGUCACCGGCAGCUUCGUGCUGGCCGGCGAGGUGCACGACUCGGCCUACUCGCACGGGGCCACCCUGUCCCGCCUGGCUAUCCAGUCCAUUAUCCGGUCCGCCGUCGCCGCGCACCCGCAGCGGCUGCCGCUGGACCCGCACGGCGGGCUCUACCUGGUUCUGACCUCGCCCGACGUCCGGGUGGAGGACUUCUGCAGGGAGGUGUGCGGCUUCCACUACUUCACCUUCCCGGAGAUCGUCGGCGUGACGGUGCCGUACGCAUGGGUCGGGCACAGCGGCUCGCAGUGCCCGGGGAUGUGCGCGUACCCCUUCGCGCUGCCGGACUACAUGGGAGGGGCCAGCAACGCCAACGGCAGCGGCGGUGGCAUCCAGGUGUUGGGAGCGCCCAACGGGGACGUCGGGGCCGAUGGCAUGGUGAGUGUGAUAGCGCACGAGCUGGCGGAGAUGUCGAGCAACCCAUUGAUCAAUGCAUGGUAUGCGGGCAGUGACCCGGCGGCUCCAACGGAGAUCGCCGACCUCUGCAUCGGGGUUUAUGGAUCAGGAGGAGGAGGAGGGUACGUGGGGAGCGUGUUCAAGAGCUCGGAAGGGGAGAGCUACAAUUUGAAUGGCGUGAAGGGGAGGAGGUUUCUCGUGCAGUGGGUGUGGAAUCCUGUGAAGAAGAGUUGUUUUGGCCCAAAUGCCAUUGAUUGAAGUGAAGGGGAGGUGUAAUUUGGGUUGAGAGAAUGGCUUCAAUUCCUCUUUGAGGUACUCUGCUAAAAGAGUUCUUUCCUUUGAUUUGGUUUUA